AUGGCUCUUUCCACAGUUGCGCGGACGAACCUCCUGGUCACCGUCAUUGUAGCGCUUUCAGCUUGCAUUCACGCUUCGCCAUUCUUUCGUCGGUCUGAUCACCCAUCCAGCGGUAAAAAGUCCGCCGACUUCAUCAUCAUCGGAGGCGGAACUGCUGGACUGACCGUCGCUGCGAGACUCGUCGAAGCGGACUUCACGGUGCUCGUGCUUGAGGCCGGGGGUUUCCCAGAUAGCUAUGGACUCCCAUGGGAUUCUCCGGCGCUGACAGGAGAAAUGACUGACACACCUGUCGACUGGAAUUUCACUUCACUUGCGAUCCCUGGUCUCAACGGGCGCACCGUCGCUCAACAUCAAGGCUUCUGUCUUGGGGGAACAAGCUCGAUCAAUGGUCUCACCUACGGACGUGGUAGCCGCUCCAUAUACGACAAUUGGGAAGCCAUAGGGAAUCCUGGCUGGGGGUGGGAUGAUGUCCAGGAGUAUUUUGAAAGAACCUGGAAACUUGUGCCACCGCCCAACGACGCACAUUACAGGACAUACGAUCCGUCUCUGUACGACCCGAACGCUGGACCGGGUGAGCUUGGAUAUACAAAUUUCAACCCGCCCUCCAUUGACGCAUUUGUCGAAUCUCUUCCUUCUAUUGGUAUUCCCAUUUCAUUGGACCUCAAUUCUGGCAACAACAUUGGGGGUAAGCACGAACUCAGCACGCUGGACCCUCUCUCUCAGACAAGAAUAUCGAGCUACACGGCAUUUUGGAAUACUGUGGUGGGUCGCUCGAACUUCGAAGCAAUCACCUUCGCUGUCGUCGAAAAAAUCCUAUUCCGGAGUGCCGAUGGGAAAGAGGGUUCUUCCCAGCCCGUUGCUUAUGGAGUGGAGUAUUCGACCACAAUAAACGGUCAAAAGCGCAAGCAAACAGCAUAUGCCAACAAGGAAGUCAUCUUAUCAGCUGGCACAAUACAGACACCAAAGGUGCUGAUGUUAUCGGGCAUCGGACCUCGCCAGACCCUGCAAGAUCUUGAAAUUCCCGUCGUGUACGACAACGAAUGGGUGGGGAAAAACCUUCGCGACUCACCCUCCUUCUCCAUGAUUGUAAAGACAACCGACGAGGCAUCCACCAACAAGUUUCAGCACAACAUGAACGCUAUCCAGGCUGCAAUGGCGGAGAAGGCUAGCGAUCCAACCAGCUCCUCAAAUCCACUUAAUGCCAUUGACGGGAACUCCGGCCCUGCGUAUUCAUUUGCAAAGCUCAGUACAUCUGACUUGGAGGACACCGGCGCGUCGUACCUGCUUGCCAACCAAUCUGACCAGGCGCACUACGAAGUUAUUUUGUGGACUUCACUGUAUCCAUUGCCGGAUAAUGUUCCUACGCUGAACAACUACUAUGACUUCAGCAACUACACUCAGGAAUCCUACGUGUCCCUGGCGUCGUACUUGUUGGUUCCCGGCACCGGUGGCAACGUCACUAUCAAUUCGAGAGACGUUUCCUCACCGCCUCUGAUAAACUUACCGUUCUACGAACUUGACGCCGAUUUAAACAUCCAGAUACUGUCCCUGAAAAGGCUCAGGACGUUGAUCUCUCAGAGUGCUUUCGCGCAAUAUACUCUUGGCCCGGCUUACGGCGAGAUAGUGCCUGGACCUGAUGUUCAGACGGACGAAGAUAUUGCCAAUUUCAUCCGUGAAACGAGUGUUUCUGCUGCCCAUCAAGCUGGCACCGCUGCAAUGCGUCCACUGGACGAUGAAGGCGUUGUGAGCCCUUCGCUUGAGGUAUACGGAGUUCAGGGGUUGCGCGUCGUCGACGCUUCGGUCAUGCCGCUCUUUGUGGACCAACACCCGACCGCUGCGAUCUACAUGAUCGCGGAGAAAGCUGCCCAGAUGAUCAAGGACAAAUAUGGCGCGGAAUAG